AGACCGCGACGGCGGUGGUGAUUCAGACUUCUUAUCAACCUCGAAAAGUCGUGGAGAAGAAUAGGGAGAAAUUCGUUGACAUUGGGCGUCGAUUACAUGUACGCGAUGAGGUGCCAUUGAUAAGACUCGGAGCGCCGCGUGGUUCCGCCUCCGCCGUGCCCAAACGCGGCACAUUACGGACGUGUGGAUAAAGCGGCGCCAUAUAUACACGAUAUACAACCGUAUUUUUUCUUUCGGGAGUGCGAAAAUACGAAAAAAAGGGAGGAGUGAAACGCCUCGAGAAAUCGCGACAGCAUAGCAGCUCAAGAAAGAGAUAAAAGUACUUGGAAGUCCGUGGAUGCGGCGCGGUGCUUGCACCCGUGCGUGAAUCACGCUUUCGAGGUGCUUGUGUAUCUCCUGCUGUCGAGUACACCCCAUACCCACAACAUUGACCCGUUCGUAGACGCCGUGACUGUUCGCAAUCGAACAUUUUUCGUAAAUUCUGGCGAUUUACCUUGUGUCACCCACGAGGAGGGGCAUCUUUGUUUCAUUCCAUGUUCCCCACCGGUCGUCAAGCUCUUCCACCGUACAAAGCCGGUAUCUGAAAUAUUUUUUUCAAUACGUCUACUAAAUUGAUAGAAGUCGCUUAUUUUCCUUUAUAACUAAAGUGAAUGGAUCUUAGAAUCUCGUGUUUUCAAGAGAGAACUUGGUGGUCUUGUCAACAUAAAGGAUUCUUUAUUUACCAUCAUUUGAACCCCUAAUUUUUUCAAAUUUGUGCAACUGGUAGGAGGUAAUAGUACUAAACCGGUCUUUAAGUAAUAGUUAGAAACAGAGCAACGUACGGUAGAUUGGCAACAAAGAGACAGAAGCGAAGACAACAUGUCAGAUGAAGAAGAUAAACCCCCUGCGCCUCCUGUGCGACUUACGUCAAACAGAGGUGAAUCAGCACCUAAUUUACCAGUGGAUAUGCGUCCACUACCUAAAGAACCUGAUUCUGAUGAACGUAAGAAAAAAACACUGAAAAGCAAGAUGAAGGUAAAGGAGAACAAGGAUAAGCCAAAUAUCAGUUAUCCCACUAAUUUUGAACACACAGUACAUGUUGGAUUUGAUGCUGUUACCGGUGAAUUUACAGGAAUGCCAGAAGCUUGGGCAAGGUUGCUUAUGUCUAGUAACAUCAGUAAGCAAGAACAGAAGAAGAAUCCGCAAGCUGUAUUAGAUGUUUUAAAUUGGUAUGAUAGUAGCAGUAAAGAAACAAAAGGUUCCAAAUAUAUGACAACAACAAAAAUGGUUGGCGUAGUUGCUCCUAUUGAAAGAGCAAGUAGCCCUAGAAGCAUGGGUAUAGGUGUUGGAACAGGGGUAGGAAAUAUUCGUGGUCAAGCAAUGUCACAAGCUUCUGGAAGUUCUCAUUCUCAACAUUCACUCAGCAGAGUAAGUAGCAGUAGUCCAAGUAGUACGCCAACUGAUGCUUGUGCAACCAGUUCUGAACAAGAGGAUGAACCUCCGCCACCACCGAUCUCGGCUAGACCAGAGCGUACAAAAUCAAUUUAUACGAAACCAAUAGAAGAAGAACCACCGCCACCAUUAACAACUACACUAGGAUCACCUCAACGAAAUGGUACACCGCAACAACCACACCAGUCGCAGCUGGAUAGAAACAAAAAUCAAGCAACUCCCACAUCAACGACCACCGAUCAAACGAGACCAACGCAAAGUGAUAAAGCUAGAAAGAAAAAGAUGUCAGAUGACGAGAUAUUAGAAAAACUUAGAACAAUCGUGAGCGUAGGUGAUCCGAAUAGAAAAUAUACAAAAAUGGAAAAGAUAGGACAAGGUGCUUCAGGAACAGUAUAUACAGCAAUUGAAACAUCAACAGGAAUGGAAGUUGCAAUAAAACAAAUGAAUCUUUCGCAACAACCAAAGAAAGAGUUAAUAAUAAAUGAAAUAUUAGUUAUGCGGGAGAACAAACAUGCAAACGUUGUAAACUACUUGGAUAGUUACCUCGUAGGGGAAGAAUUAUGGGUAGUUAUGGAAUAUUUACCUGGUGGUAGUUUAACAGAUGUUGUAACUGAGACUUGUAUGGACGAGGGUCAAAUAGCAGCGGUGUGCAGAGAAGUGUUGCAAGCUUUGGAGUUCCUUCAUUGUAAUCAAGUUAUACAUAGGGAUAUCAAGUCUGAUAAUAUCCUACUUGGAUUAGACGGCGGAGUAAAACUAACAGAUUUCGGAUUUUGUGCACAAAUUUCACCGGAACAAAGUAAACGAACUACAAUGGUUGGUACACCAUAUUGGAUGGCACCAGAAGUAGUCACGAGAAAACAGUAUGGCCCAAAGGUCGAUAUUUGGUCAUUGGGUAUAAUGGCUAUUGAAAUGAUAGAAGGAGAACCACCGUAUUUAAACGAAAAUCCUUUGAGAGCGUUGUAUUUAAUCGCAACAAAUGGAAAGCCUGAAAUUAAAGAGAAAGAUAAAUUGUCGGGAAUUUUUCAAGAUUUUUUAGAUCAGUGUUUAGAAGUUGAAGUGGAGAAACGAGCGGCUGCUUCAGAAUUACUCAAGCAUCCUUUUCUGAAAUUAGCAAGGCCACUUGCUUCUUUAACACCUUUAAUAAUGGCAGCAAAGGAAGCUGCCAAAGGUCAUUAGAAGAGUGGUGUUUUGUGGUCAUGCAUGAUCGCAGAAAAAGAAAAAUAAUUUUACAAGAAAAUAAUGAAUCACCCUCCCAAAACGGAACGGCACAAUAAUUCAAUAAUAUAUAAUAAAAUAAUAAACAUAUAUAAAUAUAUAAAUAUACAUAUAAUAUAUAUAAUAUACAUAUAAUUCACGAAUAUAUAAUAUUAUAUAUAUUAUAAAUGUAUACAAUAUAUAUAUAUAGGUCAUAGAUAGAUAGAACUUAUCCGAUACCUUGAAAAGUAUCGAGAAAUGGUUUCAAAGUUUUUAAAUUACUCGAUUCUCGCAUGUUGCGAGCAAGUAAAGUUAAAUCAGAACUGUGAACGAUCUGACGGCAGAAAUCUUGUAUUCCUCGACAAGUUUUUAUUGGUUACAAAGAGCUCGCUACGAUGUCUUAUUUAAUAAAUAGUCUUCAAAAUAAAAAAGAACAAACUGUACGAGUAGGUUGUUGCCUGGAGAGCUCUUCUGCCAAUAAUAAAACUGGACAUCGAGGAUGUUCAAGCGACUGUCAGUUAUUUUCUAAAGAUAUAAAAAAAAAACUAGUAUUACUGACUCUAAAAAAAAAUUGAAGAUCAGAGUUAGCUACAAACACACAUUAUUUAUAGCAAAAACCUUAUUAGAUAAUACCAUAAAGAAAUGUGAACAAGUAAAUAGGACCUAUUCUAAUAUAUUAUUAUGGUUUAACAAGAAAUCGUAGAUGAAGAAAAUUGGUCUUCGUGUCAGACUUAUAUUUUUUGAAUGAAGUUACGGAGAGCAGAGCAAUAUGUUUUCAGUCUUUGGUCUGUCAGUAUGACGUAGAUAUAAUAAGCGAUAGCCUAACUUGUUUUAAACGUUCUCAAGAAUCACGUUCUUGUCAUUAACUGUUAGCAGACAUCAUUACGUUUUAUAUUUUAAGUUGAUGUUUUAAUAGAUUUUUUAAAAAUAUUUCGACACACUGCAAUUCUUUUGCAUUAUGUUAAAUCUGUAUAUAGUACCAGAUAAUGAUUGAUUUCGUACAUAGUGAAAUUUAUGAUCAAUUUUUAAUACACGCGAAAUCUUAUUUAAACUCUAUUCAUUUUAUAAUUGUAAGAUAAGAAGAUAAGUACUUUUUCUCAUUUGCAUCGCUGAUUAAGACACGUUGAGAUAUUGACCUUGUUACUAAGAUAUAAUAGUUGUAAGAACAUCUUUUUAUGGACUUGAUGUCCAGUUUACGUGUGUUCUUCGAUACAGGUCAAGUAUAACGUUGUCUACAACGUGUCUUCGCAACAAGUGAACGGAUGAUCGACGAAAUUUUAAAACAAGGUUCAGAUAUAGGAGCAUUUUGUGACACUAUAAAGUGCCUGUCUUGUCAUGUUUAGACACGUGAAAAAACUCGCGCUAGAUUCCUUAUAAUCUUGAACCAUCAAUGAAAUGAUUUAAUAUUUUGUUUAAAAAACUAAGCAGCAGUAUACAUACAAAUCAACGGAAGAUUAUUGUUUCAUUAUAUUGAUAUAUAAAGCAAGGUUUCUAGAUGGUUGUACUACAUUAAAUAUGUAAUAAUGUCUUUCCUAAUUGUAUUACAGUGGACUCUCGCUAUAUGGCCCUAAACGAUAGGAGCGAAAAAGUAUUGUGGAAUAGGCCUUAUAAGCGGAUCUCUUUCCGUAUGUAACACUCGAUUGUCAAAAACAUACUUUCAAAUUUCCAGAUUAAAAAAUUUGGAAAUUUGAAAGUUUGCGAAUUAAAAAAUUUGAUAUUCUGGCAAUAUUCGUGGAUCUCCAUGCACUACAAUAACGAGAGAGGUCCACUAAUGUGCGUGAAAGUCCGUGCGAAAUGAAACUGGCUGAACUGGCCAUAUAAAUGGAAGCUAUAUAUCGAGACUGCACUGUACGUCUUAAACGUAUAUUACUGAAAAGAAAGAAACCUUGGGAUAUUCUUAGUUUAAGAAAUACAGAUUUUUCGAACUUGUCAUUUUUAUUCUUUAUCAUCUUCAUUAUGUAUAGGAUUUUAUCGUACAUUAACGCUAAAAAAACGCCACGUGAGAAAUAUAAUAGCUAUCGAAGAGAUUAAUGACAUAUUAUGCAUAAAGCGAAAGAAAUAAUAAAAAAAAUGAUUACGAAGCAUACAUCGUUUGGUAACGAAUGAUCGUAUAUGUAAUAAUAUAUUCAUUAUCUAUUGAGUUAAUUGUUCUUUUGUAACUUUAAAAAGCCUGAUUAGUUUUUUAUAAUAAUCAAUAAUGUCUAAUUAUACUUGACAGACGAAGCAGCUCAGUUUGUAUUGCGCUUACGCCUGAAUUUGGAGUUGUAUGCUGAAGGAUUAAUAAUGUAUUUACCUGUCGAAGAAUCAGGGACUAUAUAAUAUUUAAUUGUAUCAAAUUUGUCUCAGUAUUGCGUGAGAAUAUGAGCUGUUGCAUUAUUCCAUUUCAGCAUAUACUCCAAAUUGUUUGGGCACUGUAAGCAAUGUUUAGGAGGUAUAGAAAACAAAAUAACUGUGCACGUCUAGUAUUAAUAAAGAAAAACAUACAAUUGUGUAAAAGAAAAAUGAAAAAAAGAAACUUGCGAUUCAGGGUCAAAAUUGACAUUUAACUCGAUCAGAAGUACUGAACGAGGUCCUGCAUUUUCACAAAUAUCUUUAGAACAAAAAAAAAGAACAUAACGUCCAUUUUAUGUCAUUGUAUUACUGCGGCAGUUAUUAAGCAUAUUUCAGCUACAAGCAGCUAUGUAUAAGAUUUAUUUUUAUUCGCAAGAUCGAGAUGAGUAAGGUGCAAUGUUUGCUUGUCCACGUUUUUGAAAAUUGCAUACUUGUAUGCGAGUACUCUUGAACAUUCAGUAUUUAUUUAUGGACUAAACAAAAGUACAAAGUUGUAUUGAUAUGCCUUACUGUAAUAAAAGUAAGUAUUAUUCGCAAAAUUCUUGUGAGCUUCGUUAUUUUGCUAUUAAAAAUAAUAAAACGGUAUUAUGUAAUGUUUCAAAUAAGAUCCUAAACAAAAACGUGGACAAGUACGUGUUUUUGCAUCGCUGUCUUGAUUAUCGUUCCAAGUGCAUUUACGUAUCCCUUUAAGAAAUGUAUUAUUGUCAGUUUAGAACUAUAAAAUAGGUUCCUACACAAAUCAGAUUAAGUAUGUAUACGCAUGUUUUCAAUACUCUUUUUUAUGAUGUUUUUGAAAAUGCUUUGAGAUCUCACUUGUGAAACAAAGAUCAGGCCUAGUAACGAUGUCAUUAUUUUAUUUACGUGUGUCAAUAAAAAUUUUGGGCUUGCAGUUUUUUAAUGAAAACUUUCCGUUUUAACUGUACCUCUGUAAA